AGUUCUCCUCUAUAAAAUGGAACCCUAGCACAAUCGUAAUCCAACACAACUUGGCCGGUGCUGAAGAAAUGGCUCAACGAACUAGGAAAACAAUUUUCAUUUCACUACUCUUCUUCUUCUUCUUCUUCAUCUUCAUGCUCUCUGGCACAAUGGCGCAGGACUUCUGCGUGGGGGAUCUGUCGGGCGCCCAAACACCCGCCGGCUUCCCCUGCAAGAAAGUCGCCCAAGUCACCGUCAGCGACUUCGUCUUCUCUGGGCUGGCCAAGGCCGGCAACACCUCCAACAUAAUCAAGGCGGCCGUGACCCCGGCGUUCGUGAACCAGUUCCCGGCCGUCAACGGGCUCGGCAUCUCCGCCGCUCGGCUCGACAUCGCCCCCGGCGGCGUCGUGCCCCUCCACACUCACCCGGCUGCCUCCGAGUUUCUAGUCGUCACGCAGGGAACCAUCGCUGCCGGCUUCAUCAGCUCCUCAAACAAUGUCUACUAUACGACGCUGCGAAAGGGGGAUGCGAUGGUGUUCCCCCAGGGCUUGCUCCACUACCAGAUCAACGCCGGGGGUGUCACAGCCGUGGCCAUCGUCAGCUUCAGUAGCCCCAGCCCCGGCCUUCAGAUAACCCCCAUCGCGCUCUUCGGCAACGACUUCCCGUCCGCGUUGGUGGAGGCCGUUACGUUCCUGGACGACGCAGAGGUGAAGAGGCUCAAGAAAGUUCUGGGAGGAUCUGGUUAACAUAAUUAAUUAGAGUUCCAUUUUGUAUCUUCCUACGUGACUACUCUUGCAUGAAUGAAUUAUGCGUGCGUGCUUAUUAGUUUGUUUUUGUUUUAAUGCACGAUUAAUAAAGACUCUCGUAUGCUUGGAGGAGUUA